GUAAAUUUAAAACAAUCGAAUAAAUCGAUGUUUGCAACUUGGAACUUGAGUUCGUGGGAAGCGUCUAUCUGUGGUGUUGUGUGUAAUGUUCAGUUUAAGUGAAAAAUGAUUUGUUUCUCACAGGGAGUCUUGUAUUUUCAGCUACUAUUGUGUCAAUAGGUUGCCGACGUCGUGCUACGUAUGAAGGUUAUAUUAAAAAUAUAACAUGUUUAUGAAUUUUCGUUUUGAACGUUUGUAGCUGCCAACUAGUGUACAUCACUAUUACAGUGGAGAUUAGAUGACUCUGCCUUUAAAAUACAAUUUGUAGAUAUGAGCGUGUAUAAGAGAGUGCAGCAGUGGGCCACAUUUGCACGUGUGUGGCAUGUUUUUGAUGCUACGUGGCAGAACCCAUUUGAAUCUGCCCAGAUGAUCAAAAAAUAUCUUUGUGGUCUGAAUAAGCCAAUAUAUCAUCCUAUGAAUGACUGUGGUGAUCAUGUUGUUGUUAUAAACAGCAAAGAUAUUGCACUGCCAGGAAAUGAGUGGCAGAAGAGAGCUUAUUUUCAUCAUACAGGGUAUCCAGGUGGAGCUUCAUGGACACUGGCAUGGGAACUUCAUAACAAGGAUCCAACAAUGAUAAUGCGUAAGGCUGUCUAUCAUAGUAUGAGGGGAAACCUUCAGCGUAGAUAUACAAUGCAGCGUUUACACAUAUUCCCAGAUGACAAUGUCCCAGAUGAAAUAAUGGGAAAUGUUACCAACCAGAUCAGACAGAUAAGGCCUGUACCAAAGCGUUUGGACAAGUAUUCUGAAGAGGAAGUGCAGCAAUUUCCAAAAGUAAUGGACUGGCCAGAAGAUUAUGUUUUGAGAUAAAAAAGGCUACAGUUAAUUAGUGCUAUGUAAUGUUUAUAUUUGGCAAUGUGUGCAUUAUUGUACCAAAAGUUAUAAUACAUACAUUUUGUCACAGAAAA